UCGAAGCGAGCUCCUCCCAUGGAGCUCGACCUCGACUCCCGUCACCGCGCAUCAUCAUCAUCAUCAUCAUCAUCAUCAUCAUCCUCCUCCUCCUCCUCGGGCGGCGGAAUCUCCGAGAACAUCGGCACUGACCUCCAUCGUAGCGUCGAUGACAUCCUUAACGACUAUGACUUCUCCUCCUCCGAUGUCGCCGAUGCCCAACGGCGCACCGUUGAUGACAUCCUCAAUGACUUCGAUUCUUUCGAAGAAGAUCCUUUUCCUUCUCGCGUUCCCGACCCAAUGGUAGAACCGCGGGAUGUUCUAGAAACCCCGGUCACCGAAACCCUAGAAGAAGCCCCUGCGACCUCUCCCUUCGCUUGGAGCAGACGGCCUCGAGAUCCGCUCUCAUUAGGGCUCCGGACGUUCUCUCCUGCUCGCUCAUUGCCUCCUCUUUUUGGUGGCGUUCGGCCUAGCCCUAAACCUGGAGCCGCCCUUGCUGCAGCUGCCGCUGCUUCCCGGUCCUGGCUGGCCCCUCACGCGGCGGCGAUCAAGUCCCGCAGGUUUGACACGGAGAGAACUCUCUCGGCGCCGGAGUUGACACCGCAUCCGGAGGAAAGUAAUGGUUCUGAAGGAUUGAAUGGUUCUGAAUUCUCUGAAAUUGCAAUCUUGCAUCCACAUUCUUCUUCUGAUGUCGAAGAGUCAUCUGAAGCAGUGAUUUCUGAUGGAGAGUUACCUGGGAAAAGUGGUGGACUGGAGCUGGUUGAUGAGGUGGAGAUUGUUGAUGAAGUGGAAGCCAACGAAGGCGCAAUGGUAUCUGAUUCCUUAAUUUCUACUCCAAUAGAUGAGGUAGAUGUGAGUAUACAGCUCCAAGAUCCAGCGGAAGAUGUUCAAGAACAGGAAUCAGAAGAUUUGGGAUCAAAAAGAGAUGAUGAAGAUCUACUCCAAUCUCAUGAUGAACAGACCGAUGCUGUUGGAGAAGAUAUUGAGAAUAGAACUGAGGGUGAUAAUAUAUUUGAAGAAAGUUUUCUGUUCCCAUCAUCUGAAGGAGAGGAUAAGGCCAAGAAGAAGGCAGAGAAGAAACUUCGGGCUUCAAUGAAACCGCUGGAAUGGGCUGAAGAGCUUGAGAAGAGGCAGGCGUCCUAUGGUCAACACUGUGAAGAGGGGGCGGCUGCCCAGCAAAUGAGGCUUGAGGGCAUCCGGAGAGGUCCUCCUGCAGUUGGGUAUCUUCAGAUGGACCUUGACAAUGUGAUUACCAGGUUGGUUUCUUCACAAUUAUUCAAACGGGAUCAUGGCUCACCACAAGUUGUGGCAGUACAUAUGAACUUUAUUGCCAUUGGCAUGUCCAAGGGAGCUAUUUUUGUUGUUCCCAGUAAGUACUCCAGUCACUCUCCAGAUAUUAUGGACGGAAAAAUGUUAAAUCUUUGCUCCAAUGGCGAAAAGUCUCAGACGCCUGUGACUUCCAUGUGCUUCAAUCAACAAGGCGACCUGCUUUUAGCAGGGUAUGGUGAUGGCCAUCUGACACUUUGGGAUCUGCAGAAAGCAGUUGUAGCGAAACUAGUUUCUGGGACACAUGCAGCACCAGUAGUGCAUACGUUAUUUUUGGGGCAAGACUUGCAAGUUACACGUCAGUUCAAAGCUGUUACUUGUGAUGCAAAAGGGCUUGUUUUGUUGCAUACAUUCUCAGUGCUUCCAUUGUGGGGAUUCUCCAUCAAAUCACAGGCUUUUCCAAAAAUGGGUACUAUAUUGUCUGUUCGUCCUAUCCGCAUUGACGAUUUCAGUGGGCUUGGUUUUGUUUCUUUACAAGGGAACUCAGCAAUUCCUGCUAGCGGUCUAGGAAGCAUGGUUGGAGGAGUUGUUGGUGGUGUAGUUGGAGGAGAGACAGGAUGGAAGCUCUUCAAUGAAGGUUCUUCUAUGCCUGAAGAAGGUGUGGUCAUAUUUGUCACCCAUCAAACUGCUCUGGUGGUCAGGCUCAGCCCCACUGUGGAAGUUUAUGAGAAACUGUCAAGACCAGACGGGGUUCGUGAAGGAUCCAUUCCAUAUACUGCAUGGAAAUGCAUGACUUACUCUCAUGAUGCAUCUCUUGAUCCAUCUGAUAAAGCGUCAUGGCUUGUGGUGGCAUGGGAUCGGUCAGUCCAGGUAGAAAAGUUGGUGAACUCAGAGAUGAAGAAAUAUAGUGAAUGGAACCUUGAUAGUACUGCAAUUGGAGUUGCUUGGUUAGAUGAUAAGAUGCUGGUGAUUCUUACUUUGAGAGGACAACUUUGCUUGUUUUCGAAGGAUGGAACCGAGAUUCAUCGAACAAGUUUUGUUAUAGAUGGUACAGGAAUUGAUGAUAUCAUCACUUACCAUACCCACUUUACGAAUAUCUUUGGAAAUCCAGAAAAGGCUUAUCACAACUCAGUGACUGUAAGAGGAGCUUCAAUAUACAUUAUUGGGCCAAUGCAUCUAAUAGUUUCCCGUCUUCUUCCUUGGAAGGAGCGCAUUCAAGUUCUUCAGAAGGCUGGUGAUUGGAUAGGUGCCUUGGACAUGGCAAUGAGGCUUUAUGAUGGCCAUGCACAUGGUGUUAUAGACCUUCCAAGAAAAGUUGAUGAUAUAAGGGAAGUAAUAAUGCCAUAUUUAGUAGAGUUGCUCUUGUCAUAUGUGGAUGAAGUUUUCUCCUAUAUAUCAAUGGCCUUUUCCAGUCAGAUUGCAAAAGUUGGUCAAGCAGAAGACCCAAAUUUUACUGACAGCUCAGUUCGAUCUGAGAUAGAGGAGCAAUAUGCUCGUGUUGGUGGUGUUGCAGUAGAGUUUUGUGUUCACAUAAAACGGACUGACAUCCUCUUUGAUAGUAUAUUCUCCAAAUUUGUGGCCGCUCGACAUGGAGGCACAUUCCUAGAAAUUUUGGAGCCAUAUAUUUUAAAAGACAUGCUUGGAAGUCUCCCCCCUGAGAUUAUGCAAGCUUUGGUAGAGCAUUACAGUGUCAAGGGGUGGUUACAACGAGUGGAGCAAUGUGUUCUUCAUAUGGACAUCUCGUCCUUAGAUUUCAAUCAGGUUGUCAAGUUAUGCCGUGAGCAUGGUUUGUAUGGUGCUCUGAUAUAUCUUUUCAAUCAAGGUCUUGAUGAUUAUAGAACACCUCUGGAGGAACUUUUGAUGGUUGUUCAAAAUGGUCUGGGGGUGGAUGCUUCUGCCAUAGGGUAUAGGAUGCUUGUCUAUCUAAAGUAUUGCUUUCUGGGUCUUGCAUUUCCUCCAGGUCAUGGCACUCUUCCCCCCCACCGUUGUCAAUCAGUUGCAAAAGAAUUAAUGCAGUUCUUGCUUGAAAAUUCUAAACCUUCAGAUUCUCAAGUAUCAGGAAGUUUCAGGUCAUCUUGCGGCAUUUAUCCAAACCUAUGCCAUCUCCUCUUGUUGGAUACAGAAGCAGCUGUAGAAGUUUUAAGAUAUGCUUUCAUGGAAGAUUAUUCCAGGGGAGCAGAUAAUUGUUUGAGUGAUUUGUCUGCAUCUAAUUUGGAACAAAAGGAUAAUGACUCACAGAGCACAGAAAAUCUGCAUUCGAUGGCUCAAAGUGCAAUUGACAAACUUGUAUAUGUUCUUGAUUUGGAAUCUGACAAGAUCAGGUCUUUUAGUUUGGCUGAGAAUGUGGAAGUGUGGCCUUCAGUGAAAGAUUUAGGUCAUUUGGUUCAAUUUAUUGUAUUUCUUGUCACUUGUAAGGGAGCAGCCAUUUCCAGACAAGUAUUUAAACAUAUUCUUGAACAUCUAACAUCUGCUGAUUGGUUACAUUGGGAUUCAAGUCAUAGGCCCGAGGCUUCAAAGAGGGAGAAACAAGUGCUUGCUCUUCUGAAAGUUGUGCCUCAGACAGAUUGGAGUAUGAAUGUGUUGGAGCUCUGUGCACAGGCUCAGUUUCAUCAGGCUUGUGGGUAUAUACACACAAUCAGAGGCCACAAUAUCGCUGCUUUGGAUAGCUUUAUGAAAGAUUUGAAUGAGCCUAUUGUUUCUUUUGCAUUUAUCAACAACAUUUUUUUAAAACUUAAAGAUGUUGAAGUUGAAUCCUUCCGGUCUGCUGUUAUUUCACGAAUCGCUGAACUUGUCAAGCUAAGCAGGGAAUGUUCCUUCUUUUUAAUUAUUGAUCAUUUUAGUCUGGAGAAUCACCAGAUGCUUUUAGAGCUUCGAUCUCAUCCGUAUAGUCUUUUUCUUUUCUUGAAGUCUGUGAUCGAGGUUUACUUGUUUGGAACUCUUAAUUUUCCUGUGUACGAGGUAGAUUAUGUUUCAACUAUGGUGAUUGAAGGGGUUGACUCAUCUAAUCAACUUGAAGCUUUUAUGAAAAGGCUCUCAAAUUUUCCGAAGCUUUUGCAGAACAGUCCUGUUCAUGUUACUGAUGACAUGGCAGAACUGUAUUUAGAGCUACUGUGCCAGUAUGAGCCUAAAUCAGUUCUUAAGUUCUUGGAGACUUUUGAUAAUUAUAGACUGGAGCAUUGUCUGCGUCUAUGUCAAAAAUACGAGGUUAUAGAUGCAACCGCUUUUUUGCUAGAAAGGGUAGGUGAUGUUGGGAGUGCACUAGGGCUUCUGAUGACAGGACUUGAUGAAAAGUUUGACUUGCUUGUUACUGCUGUGCAAAGUAUGUUUUCACAGAUAAGUGCAAGCAGCUCCGCUGAAAUGGAAGUUCUUAAUGACUUGUCAAAAAUGGAUGAGGUUAUUUCUGUUUCUGGUGUAUUGCAUGCCUCCAUAAACUUAUGCCAGAGAAACACUCAACGCUUAAAUCCACAAGAAUCCGAGUCCCUGUGGUUUCAUUUGCUUGAUAAGUUUACUGAGCCACUUAAGAGAUUUUCUGGUGGAAAGGAGGUUCACGAAAGAUGGGAUGUUAGCAAGUUACCUGCAACUUCUGAUACACAACAGAAGGAUAAAUCUUUUUCUAGUUGGGGGAUUUCAAAAGAAACAAAUUGUCCUGAUAUCUUACGGAAAAUGUUUUCACAGUUUGUUGGAGAAGUAAUUGAGAGAAUGGCAGGAUAUAUUCCCCUUCCAGCAAUCAUGGCCAAGCUCCUUGCUGACAAUGGGAAUCAAGAGUUUGGUGAUUUCAAAUUUACUAUAUUGAAGAUGUUGGGUACAUAUGGAUAUGAGAGAAGAAUAUUGGAUACGGCUAAAACUUUGAUUGAGGAUGAUACAUACUAUACCAUGAACUUGCUAAGGAAAGGGGCCUCUCAUGCCUAUGCUCCACAGGAUUCUUCAUGCUGUGUAUGUGGUUGCUCUCUGACAAAGGGGUUGUCUACCUCUGGAGUUAGAGUAUUUAAUUGUGGGCAUUCAACUCAUCUCCAUUGUGAAGAAAAUGAACCUUCCAAUAAAGCAUCCUUAGCUGGAUGCCCUGUUUGUAUACCUAAGAAAAAUCCUAGUGCUAGAAGCAAAUCAGUUCUUGUAGAGAAUGGGCAGUUGAAACAUGGCUCAUCUAGCUCACCGAUUCUAGGGAACUCCAGUGUGCAUGACCCUGAUCCAAUUGAAAGAACAUAUGGGCUUCAGAAAAUGUCACGGUUUGAGAUAUUGAGUAAUCUCCAGAAUGGCAAGAAAUCCCUUCAGAUAGAUACUCUUCCGCAGUUGAGGCUCUCUCCUCCGGCUAUUUAUCAUGAAAAGGUUCAGAAGAGACAUGCUUCCACUACAGGAGCAACAAGUAAUACUUCGGUAAAGAAUGAAAAACCAAAUAGACGAUGGAAACUGGGAGAAUCGAAACUAAAUGGACCCUUGAGGCGUUUCCCUUUGAGAGCUAACAUAUUCGGUACCGAGAAAAAAACAGCUUGAGAAUGUGAUGCAUGAUCUUGCAUCCAUGAACACUAGAUUAAGAAGACUUAAGUUCGAUUGUUCUUGUUGGAUCAAGUUUUUUUUGGCAUGGAUAGAUCCAACCGUUUACUCUACUUGAAAAUAACAAUUUACUUUAGGAUUCUCUUAAAUCAUGUGACAAUAAUUUUAAUAUAUUAUAUGCCACUUUACGAAUACAUUCAACAAGCUAUACUGUAAAUAAGUAAUUGUGAAUUAUAAAUACAUAUGUUAGGAUGUUGGCUACUUGGCUGCAUUAUAUUAGAUUCUCAAAGGAUGGUGCUUCUGAUUGACUGAUGCCUCAAGGUUAUUGAAGACUCAAUUCAUGUCAUAUCUAACAUGCAUGAAUUGUGUAUUAAGACAUCGUGACUGGAUUUGGUACUUGGUGGUGUACAUUCUAGGGUAUCAGUAUUCCAGUUCCAUCAUAUCUUGUUGAAGAUAAUUUACUUGUUCAUAACAAAUAUGUUUUACCACCUGUUGUAAACAGCUUGUAUUCUUUACUGCCUGAUUGUUCCUAGUUGUUCUCAUGCUCAAUAAGUUUUACCUCCUUUCUUACUU